CAUGUUUGGUAGCUAGCUAGCCGGCCAGCUGGAAGUAAAAAAGUUAUUGUGAUAUUGAUGUUUGGAUGUACGUACCUAGUUCUUCAACUGGUCGAUGCAAAGUAAAGCACGUGGACAAGGACAUAAAAACUCCAAUACAAUCACAUCGGCUUCUCAAAAGAUGAAGAAGAAGAAGAAGGAAGAACCUCCGAAAGAAGAAGAUCAUGAGUUGAUGAAUAAUAAUAACAAGGAUUGGCCUUAUCAUCAUGGGCUCCUCACGAUAGGAACUUUUGGAAACAAUAAUAAUGCUGCAUCAGAAAAUGGAGAAAUAUUAUUCCAGCAACAAGCAGAUACGCAUACAACAACAUCAUCGUUUUCUCCAGAUCUAUUAUCCGAAUUCACACCUGAAGAGAUCGGAAAAGUACAGAAAGGGUUGACAAAACUCUUAUCCAAGAAACCGCUGCCUGCUAAUUAUAAUUAUAAUUAUAAGAAACAACAAGCAGCAGCUGUCGACGAUCUCCCUUUGGACAGAUUUCUUAAUUGUCCAUCAAGCUUGGAGGUUGAUCGUAGAGUACUUAUGAAUCCAGACUACGACAAAGACGAAAUCAUGAAAGUCAUUCUAGGAAUAAGGUGCAGCAAAGAUAUUACUACUACUAGUAAUUAUUGUAGUGUACUAGUAGCGGACAAUAACAAUAAUAAUAAUAAGAAGAAGAAGAAGAAAGCAGUAGUAAUUGGGGGGAAAAGAUCGCCAUCAUCAGCUGCUGCUACUAGUAGUAUCUCUUUCCUCUUGAAGAAAAUGUUUGUGUGCAGCAGCGGUUUACCACCAAUGCCUAGCCUCCAUGAUCGACUUCCCCAAUCAAGAAUGGAGAGGUUACUGAGGGCAAUGCUAAAGAAUAAGAUGCAGGGUCCUCAUGAUCAUCAGAAUUCUACUACUCGAGCAUCAACAUCAUCAUCUGCUAGCUACUAUAGGAGGAAAUUAUUAAUUGAUCAGAACCGGCAGCCGCAAUCGGUCAAGAUGAAGGGUUUAGCCACAGUAGAAGAAAUUGUUGACCAAGAUGCUGAUAAUAAAGAUCAUGAUGAUGGGUCCUCUAAAUGGGUCAAAACAGAUUCUGAGUAUAUUGUUUUAGAGAUAUGAUCGAGCUAGCUAGCAUGAUCGAUGAAUAAUUAAGAAGAGGAGGGGAAGAUCUAGAGAGAUAUUAAUUAGGCUGAUGAUUAGCCCCGGCCGCAUGCCAGAGGAUCGAUUAAGAAGUACGUGAUGAUCGAUUUGAUGAUAUAUAUUGUACUCCGUAUAUGUUUAAUAUAUAUUGCUGCUUGGUCGAGAUCGAGCAAUGGAAUCUACGAUUUCUUAAUUUGUAAACCAGGCAGGGGACAUCUAUACUUGAAGCCAGCCUUGUUUGUCCUUCUAUAAUUUUUUUUAUUUAAUUAUUAAUAUAUAUUUUUUAACUUGCUACUUUUAA